AUGGACUGCAGUGGACUGAAAUCUGAGGAGAAAACCAGAACCUCAAAGCUCCUCAAUGAAAUAAACGAGAUCUACGUUACCAAGAUAUCAGAGAAGAGGCAUUGCAAUCAGACUAGUUCUGACUCAGUGGAGAAGACAGUGAUUCUGCUUAAAGAGAAAGCAGAAAGAGGAGAUGCACAAGCCGCCUUCCUCCUGGGACAGUUACACUACGAGGAGGACCGCUACGCAGAAGCAGAGAUCCUCUUUGAUGGCAUUAAAGAUGAAGAUCCUCGAGCUCUUCGUUAUCAGCUGGCUGUCAUAUAUUACGAUGGCCUUGGAACCAAAGAGGACCUUGUGAGGACCGUAUUGUGUUCUCGUGGCAGUCUGGAGUCUCAGGGCGCUCUGGGCGUCAUGUAUCCAUGCUCUGAUCUGUACGGUCAAGGAGUGCGGAAGGACCCAGAUGCUGCCCUGUUCUGCCUGAAGGAGGCAGCAGAGAGAAGAAACGUCUAAGCUCAGGGUCACCUGACGGCCUGCUACUACCACAGGAAGCUCUACUCCAGAGCAGCUGCCCUGGGAGAAAGAGUGUGCAGAUACGAGGACAUCAGUGCCAUAGCACGGCACACAGACUGUCUGGAGGAGUUCAUCAGGAAGGGCAUCGCUAUAGCCAUGUUUUACUCCGCGCGCUGCCUUCAGCUGGGCCGAGGCGUCCCGAAGAACAGAGACAGAGCAAAGGUACCGUUCGCCAGUUCACACAGGCUGCCAGGAUCGAUCCGAAAAUCUGUAAGGAGCUGCAAAUGGACGUCGUACAAGCAAAACCCCCUAGAAGAAAACAAAAGAGAGAAAGAAAAGCAGAAGAUGACAGCUGGCAGUGGACCUGGCCUGUUCUUCCAAUCCCACACAUCAACGGAUUAAAACACUAACAUAUUC